AAAUCCCACAAUGCACCGCGGGAUGCCACAGGAAGGACUUCAUUGAACCAUUGUGGCAUUGUGGGUAGGCGGAAAAGGCUCCAAAAGGUACCCGAAAAGCGACAAACGCACGUUGCGCUCUUCAAGAAGGAACAACAAAGUAAUCAGUUUUCAAGACAAAAUCAAGGAAGACAAUUGAAAAAUGUCUAUCGGCGUACCAAUCAAAGUCCUGCAUGAGGCAGAGGGACACAUUGUGACCUGUGAGACCAACACCGGAGAGGUGUACAGGGGCAAGCUGAUUGAGGCUGAGGACAACAUGAACUGCCAGAUGUCUAAUAUAACAGUAACUUAUCGUGAUGGCCGGGUGGCACAGUUGGAACAAGUCUACAUCCGUGGCAGCAAGAUCCGCUUCCUGAUCUUACCUGACAUGUUAAAGAAUGCUCCUAUGUUAAAGAGUAUGAAGAACAAGAACCAGGGAUCCGGCGCAGGAAGGGGCAAGGCAGCUAUUCUCAAAGCACAAGUGGCUGCAAGGGGUCGGGGCCGUGGUGGAAUGGGACGAGGCAACAUCUUCCAGAAGAGGCGAUAACUGCUCCAUCUUUAAGAUUGUUGCAUUGUAUAGUCUUUUGUUUUGUUUUUUUCAGUUUGUCUUCUUUGAAUUGGAUAUCGUUGGUAUUUUUUGCAAUCCUGUGCUUUGCAGUUUAUUGCUUUACUUUCAUUUUUUUAUGAAAAUAAACAUAUUUCAAUUUGA